AUGGAAGACGCACAAGAAAAAGAUAUGGAUCAAGUUGCUAGUUUUAAAAGUGGUAAAUCAUUGACAAUUACUGGAAAACAGUAUAAUGUAUGUUCAAAAAAUCCAGUGACAAAUAUACUUGCUUCAUCGAAUCGUUAUGGUUAUGUUUUUUAUGCUACGGAAACUGAUGGUCUUGCUAUAAUUCCAUCCGGAUAUAUCGAUCAAGAAUCUCAUCAUUUAAGUAAAACACCUGAUGAUGAUCCUAAUGAUAAUAUAAAUACAACAUUUGACAAAAAUUCGAUUAUUCGUCGAUCAUAUUUACCUGGUCAAGCACCGAAUCAAAAUCCUUCACUUAUACCAUAUUGGUUAUCAUUAAAUGCUGAUGAGUCUAUUCUUGCUAUCAUUCUUUUACAAUUAAAUACUGCUGAAUGUCUUAUUAUACUCUAUGAUGUUGUUAAAUUAAUUCAAACACCAAAUUCUGCAUUAAUUUGUCCGCCUAUACGUUUACCACAAAAUGCUAUUGGUGAUAGUAUUCAAAGUUUUGCGUGGAAUCCAGCUAAUCCGAUUGUAUUUGCGUAUAUUGAUGGAUUAGGAUCAGUAUCAUGUUUUGAAAUUGAUAAACAAUUAAAACCUUUAGGUCAAAUUCUUGGAAAUGGUGAUAAUUCAUCAAUUUGUUGGAGUCCAAAAGGAAAACAAAUUGUUGUAGCUAAAUAUGAUGGUGCAUUAGAAUUAUAUGAACCAAACAUGCAAUUAAAAAAGAAAUAUCCAUCAGCUAUAAUGAAUCCUUCAUAUCCUCCAUGUAUUAAUGUUCUUUGGUUAUCAACUCAUCAAUUUCUACUCGCUUUUUCUGAGAAUAGUCCAGAAGAAGGUUCAAAUGAAAAUUCAUUUUUUCAUAUUUUAGUUACAUAUAAUAAAGAUCAAACACCUAAAACACAAAUUUAUAAUGAUCUUUUUUUUGAUACGGAUGAGGCUUCGAUGGAUAUUAAUCCACAAUAUUAUUAUGUACGAUUAAAUGAAAGUAAAAUUAUUAUAACGGGACUUUCAAAAUCUCUAAAAAUCAAUGUACUUGGACCUGAUGAACUCAAUGCGGAUAUGAACGCAUUUCGUGCUAAGCACUGUAAAAGAGCUCCGUAG